AUGCAAUCGUUACUAGAACAGAAAAAAAAGGACAAACCUUUAAAACGCUUACUCACGACGUCGACUAGUCAUACAAACCAUUGUCAAUCGAACAGAAUUGCGCAACUGGUUAAGGUUGUCCAAUGUCUUCGAUCGAUCUAUUUAGCUAAUCCCGACUCUCCUUAUCUAAGUCUUGAUGAACUUGAAAAACAAUGUGAAGAGCUCUCAUUAGAUUCCUCUUCAAAGUACUGGCUCGCCUCUCAUGAACUUCCAGAUAAUCCACGCAUUCAUACGCAUGUUGUUGGUAAUUCUGUGAAAUUUCGGUAUAAACCCCCGUUGCACCUUGAUCAUGGAGAACGACAAGUACGGUCACUUCUCAGCCUGUUCAAAACUUGCCAUCAAACGUGUGCCAAGCCAAUCACAGUCGAAGAUGUGCACGAUUCGACGCGAAAUGCAGACAGAAGCAUUCAGAGAUUGUUAGACAAAGACAAAAUUGCCAAAGUUAUGGGUCGAGAUAGAAAAGAGAUUCUGGUCUACAAAGAUCACGACAAACAACUACAUGCGGAAUUCUUGAGUCUGUUCCGAAAUGUUUCGAUGGAUGAUUUGACUCAUGAACGGAUUCGUCGAGUUCUUGUUAAUCAUGGACAGACGGCAUAUGAGGUUAAGGGUCGAAGUGAAGCUGUAAAACCUACAGAAACUCGUCGGGAACGGUCAAAACCAACGAAAAUCAGACAUAAUGAGCACGUCUCGAGUCAGCUAGAGUUUUACCGAAAUUGA